AUGUCGUGUGUUCACUAUAAGUUUUCUUCCAAACUGGACUACAACACAGUCACGUUCGAUGGGCUGCAUAUCACCCUGAACGAGCUAGUAAAGCAGAUUAAGAGCCGGGAGCGCCUGAAGGCCACAGACUGCGACCUGCAGAUCUCCGAUGCGCAGACUCGUGAAGAAUAUACCGAUGAUGAAGCCCACAUCCCGAAACACUCCUCCGUGAUUGUGCGUCGCACUCCGCUUGGUGGAGUAAAGCCCGCUGGCAGAACGUUCAUUGUAGAUCGUUCUGACACAGCUGUGGUUGGACCAUCUAGACCCACGGAUUCUUCUUCUUCUAUGUCACUUGCCCAACUCGCCAAGACGGCUAACCUGGUCGACGCAAAUGCAACAGAGGAUGACAAGAUCAAAGCCAUGAUGUCACAGUCAAACUAUGAAUAUGAAUCGAUAAAUUAUUCCAAGAAAGCAGUUGGACCUCCACCCGCUCACUAUAUCUGCCAUCGUUGUGGAAAGGCUGGUCAUUACAUUCGACAGUGCCCCAUGCUGUUGGUAAAGGACAAGAGCGUGGAGGGUCCUAAACCAGUCAGGAUAUGUAAGGGGAUUCCUCAGAGUUUCAUGGUGAUAGCAGAGCCUGGCACCAAAGGAGCCAUGUUAACCAGAACUGGAGAAUAUGCAAUACCUGCAAUAGAUGCGGAAGCGUACGCACAAGGAAAGAAGGAGCGCCCCCCCUUUGUUCCACAUGACCAGUCAUCAUCUGAGGACAAUGCAGACCCAAUCCCUGACGAGCUCCUGUGUCCAAUCUGCAACGACCUGAUGACGGACGCAGUAGUUAUACCCUGCUGCGGAAACAGUUACUGUGAUGAUUGUAUCCGGACGGCCUUACUGGACUCAGAGGAGCACAUCUGCUUCACAUGCAAACAAUCAGAUGUUUCACCUGAUAAUCUCAUCGCCCACAAAUGUCUUCGACAGGCUGUGAAUAACUUCAAGAAUGAAACACCAAACACCAAACUCGUACGCAAGCAGGUCCAACAGGCAGCGCUGCCUCCGCCUCGCUUCCAGAUGUCCAGGCCUCGGCACUCAAGACAGCAGGACCCACUUCUGGCCAAUGUCACUCACCCACCCCUUGCAAUCGUACCCACUGCUGCACCUCAAACACAGGUUCAGCCCCCUGCACCCUCUCCUCCUGCUCCUGUUCCUGCUCCUGUUUCCACUGCUGCGACUGCUACUGCUGCUGCUCCUACUCCACCUCAUACUGCUGCUGUCGAAGAUCAAGAUGUUUCACCAGCUCCGGCACCUGUCGCUGACCAACAUUCUCCUAUGCACUCUACCGGCCAGGGCGAGCCAACCCCACCUGGUGAAAUGGAUCCAGAACCUACUGUGAGACGAAGUCCAGAAAGUGUCCCAGAAAUUGGAGCACACGGCUACCAUUUAUCUGUUCUUGGCCUACCGCCACCGAUAAGGCUGCCACAUCCUCCAUCAGGUCACCAGUCAGGACCCCAUCACCCUCACCGAGGAGGAGGCAGAGACUGGGAGAGGUCCUACACAGGUAGAGGAGAUCAGCCCCCCGCCCACCUCCAUAUAGCUCCACCUCCCGGACCAGCUCCUCCGGUGUACCCGUCUCCAUCCAUGUACCUGCCCCCACCACAGUCCUACCCUCCUCCAUACACCUCUGGCCUUCUACCUCCUCCAUUCGGUUACCCGCCUCAGCCAAUUUAUGCCCCUGGACCACUGGGGUUCAACCCUCCCUGGAUCCCCCCUGGUGUCCAGCCCCCCCACCGUGGACCCCCCUACUCUCAGCCCCCCCUCUCCAAGGAAUAUUGCUACAGACAAAGGCACCGAAAGGACAAAACUACAUCCAAACUGGAUGAAUUUACUAAAGACUUCCACAAAGACCUGAUGAAGUACAGAAAUCCACCAAAGAGAAGAAGACCAUCUUAUUCCAGGUCUCGGUCAUUCAGUCGUUCUCCAUUCAGCCGCUCUCCGUACACUCGAUCUAGAUCAAGAUCUAGAUCCAGGUCUUACUCUUAUUCCCCGAGUCGAUCCCGCUCCCGUUCACGCUCCCAUGGCCGGUCUUUUCCACGCUCCCCUUAUUCCAGCCACAAUGGACGCAGUUAUGGACGUUCACGGUCAAGGUCCCGCUCCCGCUCGCGGUCUUAUGGGUAUCGCCGCUCUGGCUCUCCGCGGUCUCCUCCUCCCUUCCCGGCCGGACCCUGGGAGGGAGCAGAAGGACAGGGACCUGGAGGCCAUGAUCGCUGGGAGAGAGAAAGACAUAGACAAUGGGAAAAGGAGUACACAGACUGGUACAAUAAAUACUACAAAGACUACGACAACCAACAUCCCUCACUUCAUCACAGAGGUCGCGGCAGCAGAGACAGGGAGAGGGACAGAAUGUCUCCGUUACCCAGAGAUUACUCCCCUCAGGGGAGAGGAAGAAGAGGUAGGGAAGAGAGAGGUGCUCCCCCUCACCAUCCUCCCUCCUCUUCAUCAUCAGGGACUAAGUCCAGCACAAAAGUCCUCAAAACAAAGAAAGCAAAAAAGAAGAGGCCAGGGGAGGAACCUGAGACAUCACACCAUUCAGCAGACAGAGGUGAUGCUACUCCUGUCAGAGAUGAACCGAUGGAUGAAAUCCCCUCAAUCAAUAAAACACCUCCCAGCUCCUCAAAACCUGCAUCUGGCUCCGGAGUCGCUAAAGCUUCUACUUCAAAAAGUCCUGCUGCACCUGCUAAGCCCUCAAACAAGACCGUAUCCAAGACCCCGUCUGAUAAGACCAGGAAAGAGAAGGCUCAGAAAGUGAAGCCUAAAGUGAAGACCAAUAAAGCAAAUCCAGAAGAUCACAUCAACUCAACUAUCACCCAAAAGGAAAAGAGUAAAAGCUCUAGAGUGAGGCCUCCCCUGCUGAAGACCCCUCCCCUGUCCUCCCAGAAUCUUAUCUACCAUCACUGCUCCCUCAUGUUGCCCCAGCGGGGAAAGAUGCUGAAGAGCAAACCCAGGAUCAGAUAUCUGAACAAUCUACAGGAGUGUGAGGCAAUCCGUUAA